AUGAGUUUAUCUAGUAGUGCAAGUCUUGGUAAUGAAAACCAAGCGGCAUCGAAUAGUAUAGAAGGUUCGGAGUUUCAAAGAACCAGAGGAGAACAAGAAGAAGGAGGAGGAGGAAAAGAAAAAAGAGGGGAAAAACGAGAGCAAGGAGAAGAAGAAGAAGAAGAAGAUGAUGAUGAUGACGAAGAAGAAGAAGAGAGGCUUCGAAGACGUCGAAGUGCCGAAGAAGAGUACGAGUCCGCUGAAGCAGAGUCUGUUGCGUCUGCAUUACCAGAAGGGUUCAAAUAUACUACUCCCACCAGCAGUAAAGAAAAGAAACAACCACCUAUCUUAGUUCAAAAAUACACAAAGUAUCAGCCUAUAAUCCUUAACAUAGUUCACGGCUCUAUAUGGGGUGUUCUUGUACGUAAGGGGUUAAUGCUGUUGACUUCAUAUGAUGGGUCGUACCUAUCGGGAGUUAUUUGGGCCAACUUCACUGCAUGCUUAGUUAUGGGCUUUGCUGUCGAUAACGAUUCAUUAUGGCUUCAGCUACUAAGUAAAGAGGGCGAGAAAGCCGGCUUAUAUCCUACAAAGGCUUCCAUACCGGUAUAUACUGGGCUCACCACAGGAUUUUGUGGUACGGUUUCAUCUUUCUCCACGGUUAUACUUGACUCAUUCAAUAGGGCAGCUAAUACUAAUAUUGGGCAUACAUAUCAUCCACCAAAUGCUGCAUAUGGCAUAAUGAAUUUUCUAGCAGUAGUAUUGGCAGAGUUUGGUUUAUCUGUUACCGGAUUUCAUAUGGGGAAACAUCUUUCCAGCGCGAUUGCGAGCGGGAGCGGUAAUAAAAAAUUUUCGAUUUCUCCCAAACAAUAUAUAUUGCUUGAGCGAUUCUCAAUGAUUAUGGCUAUUUGUUUGGUAGUAAUUACAUGUGUCUUACUUGGCGUAAAAGAUGAAGGAGCAUGGAGGAACUGGACAUUUGCAAUGUUUUUUGCACCUUUUGGUGCCAUAUUACGAUUUUACAUGUCGAAAUACCUUAAUAGCACAGUUGCCAAUUUUCCCAUGGGUACUUUUUCAGCAAAUUUACUAGGUUCGUUGUUUUUGGCUAUCUUUACAUUAUUGGGUAGGGGGAAACUUACUCAUGGAAGUCAACUUGUAACACAUAUUAUGGGGUGUCAUGUUCUCACUGGGCUUGAUGAUGGGUUCUGUGGUGCGUUGACUACAGUGAGCACAUUUGUUGCUGAAUUAUUUGGAUUGAAAACACAGUACAGCUAUAGGUAUGGUGUUGCUUCGGUACUUUUAUCGUUUGCUGUCAUGGUUUUGAUCCUAGGAUCAUAUAACUGGACAGUUGGUCUAACUGAUCCAGUUUGUUAA